UGCUGACACCCAACAUCUCCUGUUCCUGCGCUGUAUCACCUUUUCUCCCUUCGAGCAUAAAUUCGAGAUCCUCUAAGAAGCCCCCUCAUAGCCUCAAUCUCAGGAUCAAAUACCCGUUAUCUCAAGUCCACCCACUCGAAUUGCCCAUCCCUCCCCAGCGGCGAGAUACGAACUCAUCCCCACUUACAACGCCAUCGCCCCCCUCUCACUCUUGAGAAAAGAAGGACAGAUCAAGGGCCCUGGCCAUAGUCUGGCCGUUGCUCUGUCGUCAUGUCGUAUUACCAAGGCGAUAUGAUGGGCUACCCAUCCUUCCUACGCGGCGCCCCGCCUGUCGGCAUGUCUACAAAAAAAUUCGACGAAUAUUACCGGUGCUAUCCUGUCGUCAUGAUGAACGGGCCCGAGAGAACAAGCGUCAAUUAUGGUGGCAAGGUCUUGCUACCCCCUUCGGCCCUCGACAAAUUAACACGACUUCACAUUGCCUACCCCAUGUUGUUUCAGUUAAUCAAUGGAAAUGCCGGAAAGCAGACACAUGCCGGUGUUCUCGAGUUCAUCGCCGAAGAGGGAAGAAUAUAUCUACCACAAUGGUUGAUGAAGACUUUGGACCUCGACCCUGGCGACCUACUCCAAGUCAAAUCUACCGAUCUCCCACCAGGCAAAUUCAUCAAGUUACAACCCCAAUCUCCAGCCUUUCUUGAUAUCUCAGAUCCCCGUGCCGUCCUAGAAAACGCAUUCCGAAAUUUCUCGUGCCUCACCAAGGGCGACAUUUUCACCUUUGAGUACAAUGAUCAGACCUACGAUAUUGCCGUAUUGGAGAUCAAGCCUGAAACAGACUCUCAUGCCAUUGUGACAAUGGAAACAGAUCUGUCGGUGGAUUUCGCCACGCCAGUUGGAUAUGUCCCGCCUGAACGGACAAGUGGCACCAGCACACCAAGGAGUGGGAUUGGCAAGCCCCAUGGCGGCCCAGUGCACUAUCAAGGAACCAUGGCUCAGUCCAUCAACUAUGAAAGCAUCGCGCCAAACUCCAACGCUGCAGCUGCCGGCGCCAGACAUCUUUCCUCCAAUUUUCUCUCUUCAGGGCACAAACUCAAUUCCAAGAAGGGAUCAAAAGCACCGACCCCGAAUCCUUCUACUCCGGUAGCUGGAACGUCGACUAACGCGCCUGGAAGACCACCAUUACGCAAGACCAACGGCCCACAGCCGCUUCGACUACCACCGGGGAAGUUGUUCUUCGGUUAUGAAAUCAAACCUGUACCUAAACGAGACGAAAAUGGCGAGCCGAUUCCCCCAGACGAGUCCAAACCACGGUUUCAGGGACAGGGACAGACCUUGAGGCAGAAGAAGAAACUCGCCGGUGGUGGAACAGACAGCGGCACGGCCAGCGGAGUGAGUAGCGAUGCAGAAGGAAAAGCAAACAUAAAAGGCAAAGGUAAACCACCAAGAUGAGAAUAAAGGAGCCAUGCCAGUAUAAAGUGGUAGAUGAUGACUGGGUGAAUGGGCUACCCUGCUUGUCUACCCUUUCACAGGAUCGCCGGCAACGUAUCCGGCAAUAUAUCACGUGGCGGGAUUUCGCCUAGCUAAUCCAAUGAGCCCUUUUCUUAGUCAUCCUGUUCUAGACAUGACCAUAGAUACAGAAUAAAGAGUGUAAACAGCUACCCUACUAACCGCAUCAUAUCAUGACAACUUUGAUAGG